AUGAUAGAGGAAGGCAUAUAUGAGGUGGAGAAAUUAACUGAUUCUCAAGGUCUGAAACUCUUUAGCUUGCAUGCCUUCGGCCAAAAUCUUCCCAAGCAAGAAUAUAAGGAGCUCUCAGAGCUGGUGGCAAACUAUUCUAGAGGCAAUCCAUUAGCUCUUCGAGUUUUGGGAUCUCACUUAUCUGAUAUGAGUAUAGAAGAAUGGGAAAGUGAAUUGGAAAAAUUGAAAGGCCAAUCUUUUCCAGAAAUUCGAAAAGUUUUACAAAUAAGUUAUGAUGGGCUAGGGAGGAAUGAAAAGAAAAUAUUUCUUGAUAUUGCAUGUUUCUUCAAAGGGCAAAAUAAAGAUGAUGUUGAGAGCACAUUAGAAGCACUUGGUUUCCAUCCAAAAAGUGAAAUACGUCGUCUAAUUAAUAAAUGUCACAUAACUGUUUCAUCAGUCAAUAAGAUUCAUAUGCAUGACUUGAUAGAGCAUAUGGGCAAGGAUAUUGUUAAUAAGGAAUGCGACCAGCCUGGAGGACGCAGCGGGCUGUGGAAUUUUGAAGAUAUUGACCGUGUAAGGUCCAAAUUAGUCAUUGGAGCUUCUUUCACUAUCAUUUUUGAAUUUUGUGGGACAUAUAAUUUGGAACGUCCAACGUCCUUCAUGAAGUUGCGCAAUCUUAGAUUCCUCAAAAUCAGGAGUACUGAAGUGCUAGUUGCUAAUAACAAGCUUGAAUUUCUUCCACAAACGCUAAGAUAUCUUGACUGGGGUCUAGAAUCUUUGCCAUUAAAUUUUUGUCCAAAGAAUCUUGUAGAACUUCACAUGUCUUUUAGCAAUCUCACACAACUGUGGAAUGGAGAUAAGCUUCUUAGAAAAUUGAGAUUAAUGGACCUCAGCAACUCUAUACGCCUAACCAGGAUUCCAGACUUGUCUAGUAUUGCCCCAAAUCUCGAGUUUUUAUAUUUGAAUGGAUGUCCAGGUUUGGUUGAAUUUCCCUCUCUUCAAAAUCUGAGCAAGCUUACUGAACUAAGUCUAGGUGGGUUUGAUAAGUUCACUCAUUGUCCAGAGAUUCCUUGUAAUAUAAGGAUUCUAUACUUACAUCAAAAUGCAAUAGAACUACUUCCCUCAUCAAUUGAGCAUCUGUCUCAACUUGUCAAAUUGUCCUUGUUUGAGUGUACAAGACUCAGACUUAAAUGUUUACCAGAGCUUCCAUCAUGCUUGGAAUACUUAGAUGCUUCAGAUUGCACCUCUCUCAAAUCUGCAUCAACUUCUUUCCUUUUCUUAGAAGAUGAAGAUGAAAAUGCAAAAGCAGAUAAAAGUGAAAGUGAAGAUGAUAAUAAAGAAGCAUAUAAAAGUGAAGAAGCAUAUAAAGAUUAUGGUCUUAUUCCUGAAAGCAUUGAUGUAGUCUGA